CUUAGUUAACGGAAGUGGCAUUGGCAAGUCAAUCUGAAAAAAAUGAGAUUGUUCAAUUUGUCAGACUGAAUAUUCAUGAUGCAUAUGGGUCCGCGCGAUUCCUACCAAGCCACGGUGGAAAAAUGGACGGCGAAAGAGAUGCAGCUAAAUCGGUUACACGAAGAAAUUGUUGGGCAAAGAGAAUCUCUGAUGAGGACCACAGGAAGUUACAACCUCCAGCAGUCAAAGCGUGGACGGGACACACUCUCGAUGACCAACACGCUGCCACUGUCACCCACUGACGCCACUCGCAGGAAUAAUCAGUUUAUUCAGGAUGUAGAACACUGUGAACAGUUGUUAAUGAAGAAAGCCAACACUCCACCCAGUAGCAGAUUUGUAACACUUCAGAGUAACUACAUGUCGAUGAUGACCGGUAUGUUUCCUCUGUGGUUGCGUUCAUGUAGCGAGCCAUGCAACAGCCAGAUUCACCCACAGCUUCAUGAGAGUGAUGCCACAGCCGUCAGCCCUGGAGUCACCUUUGCCUCACCACUGUCAUCAAGACACCAUCCUAGAAAGACAACAUAGCAUGAAGUCAUCCCCUCCCUUUAUUGUUAAUCCAGGAGUCACAAUCGCCUCCUGCCCCCUGUCAUCAAGACACCAUCCUAGAAAAACUACUUAGCACAAAUUCACACACCUUUUAUUGUUAAUCCAGGAGUCACCUUCGCCUCCCCAUGGUCAUCAAGACACCAUCUGAGAAAAAACAACGUAGCAUGGAGUCGUUCAGCUCUUUUCACAAGAAAAUAUCCCAAACAACAUAGCACAAAUUCAUUCACCUCUCUUUGUGCCUGAGAUUAUAAUCGUCCAUCUAUUUUAUAUUCCUACUGGACUAUUCUAGAAAAACAACUUGGCAUGAAUUUCUUCAUCGCUUUUGCAUUGAUCAAGAAACCAUCCUAGAAACCGUCCUAGAAACCGUCCUAGCAAAACAAUGUGGCAUGGGGUCAUUCACCUUUUAUUGUCAGUCCAGGAGUCACCUUCGCCACACCACUGUUUCCCCAAGAAAAUAUCUUAGUAGAGAAACAACAUAACCCUUGCAAUUGACCACAGCAAUCAUCAAUACCAUGGAUUAUUUUAAUUCUCUGCAGCACCUUUUUUUGGCUAUGGACUACUAGUAUAUUUAGUUGUUGUUUUCCAUAGACCUUUUCUUAAUUGUGAGUGAGACGUAGCCCAGUGGUAAAGCACUCGCUUGAUGUGCGGUCUGUUUGGGAUCGAUCCCUGUCGGUGGGCCCAUUGGGCUAUUUCUCGUUCUAGCCAGUGCACCAUGAAU